UCAGCCUCUCUUUUACAUUCUCUCUGUAUAUAAUCUGUCUCUCGCUCUAGGAAAGACGGCCUGAUGGGUUCGGGCUGCAGCCGUCUGGCCUUGCGCCCUUCUCGGCCCCAACUCCCCGACCGCCCCCGCCCCAAUCGGUCCUUCCUCUCCUCUCUCUUCAUCUGCGGUGGCUCCACUUCUCACGCCCCCACCCAGAUGGAAGAUGAACCUUCUAAAUUACUGUUGAAUUCUAAGAAACACAGGAGGGAGCCAGUAGUUGAUGAGUUGCAAAGCCUGACAAAGGAAUCUUCUGUAGCCUCUGGUGGGUUAGUCAGCCCGAGAACUGAAACUGAAACUGGAGCCUCAUCUGAAAGCAGUGUUGUAGCCAGUGAGGAAUCUUGUUCUGAAGAUGGUACAGCUAGUACUUCUUAUGACGGUCAGUCUUUUUCAGGCUCAGUUUCUGCAAAUUUAAUGUCCAAUUUGGAUGUUGUUAAUGGUAUUGGAAAUGUGAUGGACAAGAACGAAUCUCAGAUUUGUAAAGAGGUUAUACAUCCAAGUGAUUCAUCCCCUCAACAGCUUGGAGAUUCUCACUCGGAUGAAGUUUCUGUUGAAAAUCAUGCAAGUGAAGGGAUAUCUAUCCGGAAUUCUGUUUCUGAUUCUGCUUCUGUUGUUUCUGAUUCACAAGUAAUUUCUCAGUCCCUAAGAGAUGAUAGUGUUCGAGAGACCACACCUCAAGGUCUUGGCUUCCUUGUGUCAGAUAGGGAACGGAUCCAGAGAAGUGGAAGUGUUCUUCAUGUUGAUGUGGUGAGUAUCUCUUCCAGCAAUUUGUCCAACAGCGCCACUGAAAUAAGUAAUCGCGAAGCAAGACGAAAUAGUAGAAGACUGUUCUGGGAUGCCUUUUCAAGACGCAGUUCUAGAAGGCAUAAUGAUUCCCCAACAUUUGUUUUCUCAACUGAUGAUACUGAUGGCCUAGGAUUUCAUGACAGAUGGCUUCUUGAUUUUAGUGGUGAUUUCUUUGAUGAUGGGGCUGGAGGUGAUUCUGGGUACAUGGGAAACAGAAUUCACAGCAUGAAUGAACGGCGUCGGCAUUCAAGAUCUGAGGUCUGGGAAAGACUUCAUAGUGGCCAUGAAAGGGGUAAUCCUCGAAGUAGUAGAUGUCCAUCAGGGCUUCAUGCUGAUGGCACAUGCUCAUGUGAAUCAACCUCAAUGCCUGAGGAAUCUGGCACUCGUGCAAGUAUUUCACGAAUAGUGAUGCUAGCAGAAGCAUUAUUUGAGGUACUGGAUGAAAUUCAUCGGCAACCCAUGUCACUUUCGUUAUCUGUGGUCUCCCUCCCAGCUCCUGAGGCAGUCGUUGACACUCUUCCUGUUAAGCAUCAUAAAAAUUCCGAUGUAUCUGAGAGUGCAGAUGAUGUUGUACAGUGUUACAUAUGCUUGAGUGAGUAUGAAGAAGGGGAUAAAAUACGGGUUCUUCCUUGCCACCACGAGUUUCACAUGUCGUGUGUUGAUAAAUGGCUGAAGGAGAUACAUGGGGUGUGCCCACUCUGCCGAGGAGAUGUUCGUGAGGGAUUCACGGAAGAGCCUGUCUGCAACUCAGAGAUACGUGUUUGAUUAAAAUUCUUGGGUACUUGUAAAUAAGGCGGUUUUGCAUUGGAAAUGUUGUUGUUAAUGCCUUCAAAAUAUAUUUGUACUGUAGUAUUUCACUACAUUUUUUCUGAGCCCAUAUUUCCUUCCCUUUUUUCUUCCUCCCAUAUCAGCAUUGUACAAACUUACACAAUAGUCACAGAAAUGAGAUCUUGCUCUGUUGUGAAAUAUGCGUUGGAACUCUAUUAGUAAAUGUUUUAUCAGAUUAGAUCA